CCUCCGUGCCGCUCUGAGCGCAGUGGCGGCGGCGGUGGCGUUUAAUCCCGAGUGUGAGUUCACGCCGGUGUGGUGGUGCGUUUCAGUUCCCCCUCCAGCUGUCUCUGUCCUUCGCUUAUUGCGCGCCAGCGUGCCAUCGCAUUCUUCGGGGGCGAUAAGGUUCAACUGCGCCGUGCGCGAGCGAGCUUGCGCGCAAGACCUUGCGGCCGUGCCGGCAGCAUUUCGCCGACGUUUCGGAUUGUGUGCGAUGAGGCAGUGGCGGUGAGGAGAGGAAAAGAAGACGACGCCGUCGUCCCACGAUUGUGCGGUGCGCUGCUCCCCGGCGAGCGACGAGCGUGAGGGACGGUCGUGUGCUGUGAGCAGCAGCAGCAGUCAAGACGGCGGCGCUUAAGCCUAAAGCGAUCGAAGCGGGCGUGAUCAUGGAGCCCAAGUACGAGUACGCGAGCGAACUGAACCUCUACCAGGCCAACUACAUGCGCAACUCGAAGGCCAUCGGCGUCUUGUGGGCCGUGUUCACCAUCUGCUUCGCCAUCAUCAACGUGGUGGUGUUCAUCCAGCCGCACUGGCUCGGCGACACCAAGGAGUCGCGUGGCACGGGCCACUUCGGCCUGUGGCAGUACUGUCACCUGAUCCAGGAUGGCCAGGACGUGACGUGCCAGGGCCGACUGGACGACUUCAGCUCGAUCCCGUCGGCGGCUUUCCGCGCGGCCACGGUGUUCGUCGGAUUAUCGGUUGUCAUGGUGUUGUUGUGCAUCUGCUGCAUGCUGCUCUUCUUCGUGUUCCACUCGUCCACUGUGUUCCACAUCUGUGGCUGGAUGCAGGUCUUCUGCGCUGUGUGCAUGGUGAUCGGAGUGCUGACCUUCCCGGCCGGCUGGGACGUGUCCGUGGUGCGCGACGUGUGCGGUCCCGAGGCCGGCGACUACGACCCGGGCCAGUGCGGCAUCCGCUGGGCCUACAUCCUCGCUGUCAUCGGCGUCGCCGAUUGCGUCGUCCUGGCGGCGCUCGCCUUCGUGCUGGGCACGCGAUACGUCAAGCUGCUACCCGACCAGUACAUCUCGAACGGAUCCGUCUACAAGGGGGAGGUGAACAGCGCCUUCAUGGCGGACAACCAGUCGACAGCGUCACGCAAGUCCAUGAAUCUGCAACCCGUGAUGCUGAUGCCUCAGCCAGGUGGCGGUCUGGCACCGUCACAGCACGAUGCCGACAGGUUCUCCGAGUACUCGCACCGGACAACACGCUCCAAGGGUGGCCAAACCGCCGCCCCAAACUACCGCUCCGAGUACUCCACGUCCAUGCACAACUUCCAGCUGUGAAGAGUGUGUGCUUGCUGAAGACGCGCGUCGCGCAGCCAUCGGUGGUCACGACAUAUAACCGACGCGCGGCAACACGCAGAUCACUGAGCUUCAAGCCUGAGGAACUAGACGGCACCGGAGGAAACGUCUUUAGUGCAUAAAAGCGGUUCGCGGUAACCGCAGUUAAGAAUGCCUGCGCAACAAGGGGCCUUCUUGCACGAAGCAGCGACCAUUACCAAAAGUAAAAUGUUUUUCCAGCGGUAAGUUGUAACGUGAUACGUACGACUGAUUUGCUAUUGUGCCCUGCACUUCAGUCCGGCAACCCUUCUGCGCAUUGAUGUUUUGCGCAUCUGUUUUCACUGCUUAUCCCUACAAACGUGCAUCAUUCAGUAAAACCAAGAUAAAAGAGUUUCCUGCGGAUCCAGUUUGUAAUCAGCUGAAGACGACCGUGGCCUGGAUGUGGCGCGAUGCUAGCAGCAGCUUCGGCGUCGACAUGCGUGUAGGUGCAUGUGAAAGAAUAGCUGCGUCACGCUAUCAGGUCGCAAGUCUUCUUUGACAUGCUGAAGCAUUCCUUAUAGCUUACCAGAAAACCACGUCGCUUCCACUGCAAAAACGACGGCUCUGUCCUGGUACCAAGGUGACAGCACCAGCUUCGGCAUGGACGUGUAGUACAUCCCUGACGACGAAAGAAUUGCUGGCUCACGCGUUUAAAAGAUGCCACGAGCCUCUUGUUUGGUUAUCUCCCAGCAGUAUCUAGUUUAGCAAAAUGACGCCACUGUCCUUAAUAAGCAGGGCGAAGAAAGAGGCUUCGGCGCUGACCUGUGUAUACAUCGACAGCGACGACAGAAUCGCUGCGUCGUGCGUGUUAUCUACCGUGGGUCUCCUUUGUCGCCCCUGGCAAUUCCUUGCCGUUGGACCGCAAGCCUAUUUGCUGACUCAGCAGUAUGCCCGAUUGUGGUCCAGUGUGUGUUCUGAUUCCUCCCCGCCUCUUCCUGCCUCCUAGUGUGUGUUUGUUGUGUUGGAGAGACAGCAGACCACGACAUUUCCCGUGCGCGUUGUCGGUCCACCAGGCCUCAGAACUGAAAAGAAAACGAGGUCUGGAAGGGCACGAACUUGUACUGACUGUCCGUUCGCACGGUAUGUUCGUGUUCUGUUGGUUUUUUUCAGUGUUGCAGCGUAACAUGGAAAAUGAAUAUCCGAAGGUGAAGCAAGAGGGACGGCGCUCGCUCGCAAUCCACUUUCCGUUGGAUUGGCCCGUGGCGAAGGAAGCCGCUGGCAACAAUGUCACUUCAGAAGUAUACGGCCGAUGGCGCACCUUCAAAAAGCGUUCAGCCACGUGUCUGAGGUCUAAAAAAUGCAUAAAUGAUUAAAAAAAAACAGUAACUCGGAGAAUGUUGAAUUGUGCCCACUUUGACUGCUGUAUUCCUGCCAGUAAAAGAGUGUCUCUUGAAGUUGAGUUUCUUUGGUAUUCAUAAAACUCUGUCGACUUUGCACUUACAACUAGACGUGAGGAUGUCACAGCCGGUGCGAGAAUUUCCAAGCAGUGGUUUGCUGUACAUAAAAGCACGGGACAUUAUAGUGUGUUCAAUGUGCGUCUGUUCAAGCGCAAAUGAGAGAAGACAGCGUGAUAUUUGAAUUUGGUGUCGUCAAAAUGGCAAGAACGUCGCUGUGGCAUGGCAAAUCCUAGCGCAAUGAAAACCUGUACUCAUAAAAAUGAAAUCGCGACUUUGAGUACCACUUACGAAAUAGUAGUAGAGACAUAUAAAGAACAAUCUCUACAAACACUGCACAAGCACUUUACACACGAUUAUUUGAACUCCCAGACAUUGUGUUUUCUGCGUAUAGUUUCGUUUUCUAGCAUUCCUUGUAGCCAAGUCGUUUUCCAGAGGCGGCUGCUUUUGAAUAAAAAAUAUUUUGUGUGUCAUUUGCUACAACAACGCGUCACUAGUGUUAAUAGUGUGCUUGACUAUGAUGUGUCGUUCUGUAGACUUUGUGAAAAACAGAAUCGUGUUGUCUGUAUAGGAAGAGCUGAACUUCCACGCUUAGACUUGUCACCGAUACGCAUACAGUGGUGUUAAAAAAUGCUCUAGUAUACUCUGUAUUCCUGUGAGUGUGCGUGCGAGUAUAUUAACGUGCUGAUAGUGCUGAAGAAAGGUAAGAAUGCGGAAGUGUUGAAGUACUUAAGAAACACUGAUGCCUGGAACUGUAUUGUGUUUCCUUUUUCAAUUAUACAGAUUAUAGACCUUAUAUGCUCAUAUGAUUCGUUGGAAGCUACAGGAGAUGCUAGGCGUGCUUUAUACAGGGGAACAAUUUGAAAUCAGAGACAGUAUAUUGACGCUAAAUUUAUGCAUACAUACUUAACGUUAUAUCGGAAGAAAGGAAAACUGUUACGCGACAGAGACUGUCAGAGAAAUGUUAUCGCCUGCACAAAAAUUCCAGCAGUAAAAAAAAAGGGGGGGGGGAGUUAAAUUAUCCACUUAAACACAUUCCGUACUGAAGCUGCGCCUCGAGAAUAGUUACAACAUGCUUAUUUAUUGCAGAUGUGAAAAUACUUAUAAACACGGCUUUGUACCCAAGGAUAAGUCCAGAGAAGAAUCAGCUAGUGUUAUGAAAACAUGGUUAAAAAAACAAAAAAGUCUAGAGUUGGGCGCUGUCCAUAAAUGAGUAACUGCGUUAUACUUCUGUUUGUUUUAUUGUGAAAGAAUUCACGCGCCAUUCCAUGCAGGAAGGCCACGAAACACCAAUCCCUUUCUGUUUUUUUUUUUGUUUGUCUUAAAUGAGACUGCUGAUUUAUGUUAACUGUUCUGACCUCGCUGGUGUUCCUUUUUUUUUUUCGUUUUGCCUUACUUGUGCGUUGCAACGGAGCGCACAUGUGCGCUGUUAGUUUUUUGUAUCUUUUUAUAUCCACUACCUUCUUCUGUAGGUAUGACUGCAUAUCCUUGAGUAUUUGUCCACUGUAAAAUAUCACAUCACAUUAUUGAACUUGACGCGUCAUCGUAAAACAGCGACCAAGAGCACAAAAACGAGAGUAAGCUUUGCCAAACUUCGACACACGAACGAGCGUGAAACUAGGUGUGGACUGGUGCAUUGCACCACUUUCAUGUCCGUAUAUAUACAUAUACUAGAUAGUGUCUCAUAGUGGCCGGUGUAGCUGCAAUGUGUUUACUUGUACCAUUCUAUAUAGACAAGGCAAAGAAGGCCGCAAGUCCUCCAUGAGUAGAUAGAGCCCGUCCGCAAGCACGUUAGCGUAAAAUGUGUAAACCAACGUGGCCAAAGAAUUGCGUCGCGCAGUAUAUAGACACCACGAACGUGCUUAUUACUUGCUUUCUGUAGAUGCUGGGAAGACUAUUACAAAAAAAAGAAGAAAACGUCAUCGACAGCCUUGUAUAACUCAGCAAAUCACACACCACAGAAACACCACAGGCACAUAUACACACACGCACUUGGAACUUAAACGGGGAGAUGUACGAGACAAAGAGUCGUUGUCGAUACCCGAACAGGUAUAUCUCAAGAGAAAAUGUGAAUUAAUGCAGUGAUGUGAGUGUGCGGUUGUGCUUUUUUGUUAUUGUAUACUAAUGUACUUCUGCGCCGUGUCCCUCGAAUUAAUAAAGUGAUAUAAAAAA